CGACUAAAAUCUGAAACAAAAAGGAACCUAGACUUCAAUUCCUUGAGCUUGAUCCGGAGUGAACCCUCCAUGUUUCCACCGCCGCCAUUCCGGCCGUUUGAAGGCGCCUCGGCCUUAAGGUUGCUCGGUCCGUGCGGUUCGAGCUGUGUCAGUGGCGACCACUGCGCUGCUCCUUGUUGCUUGGACCACGUGGCCCACCUUGCUGCUUGGCGCUUCGAGAGCUUUGUGCAUGAGCUCACUGACUGAGUUCAAGGAGGAUGAUCUUUGCGGACCUUCCGGCCACGAUCUCAAAGAUUGAGCUGACACACUGUCUCUGGUGGGCAACGCCCGGAGGAGGACAAGAGACACUUCAGAACGAGAGAGUGCACAAUGUUUUGGCUUUGACCAAGGAGGAGGUUCUUUCCAGACUUCACCAGCCAAACCUGCAUCCCUUGAGCAAGGCCUAUUGUGAGGCAUGCUUGGAUCGCCUUAUGGUUUGGACAGUGCCGUCCAAGAUCAUGCAACUUGGGUGGACGCUGGAACUUGCCUUCCGCUUCUGAAUGGGGUGCGCAGCAGAAGCUUGGGUUGAUGUGGCCGACUGGGUCACCUUCUGAACAUGAAGUGCAAGCUUCUCAAGCAACUCGCAAAGAGUUCUGUUGGCGACAGAUGAGUGAAGAGGAGAAGGCACUGAAGCUGCUUAACGGGGCUUGGGCUGUGUGGGGGAGAGAUGCAAUCGAGGCUUUGUCUCCCGAUGAGUCUGUGUUGGCGCGAAAGGAGAUUGGGACAGAACCAGGAUGUCGUAAUUUGACAGCCUGCUAUGUCUUCACAGACAGGCAUGAGAGUCUGAGGACGUCCCGAAACCCUCUUCCAGUGAAAGCUUGGGCUCGCAUCAUCGCGCCCGGCUACAAGGACAUUAUUGCAUAUGGCGAGAAAGACGCGCUACUGGUUCCAGAAUUUCUCAACAAUUCCUUUUUGUCUACACUGCCAGCAUCGCCAAGAAGUCCAUGGAUAAGAAGCUGCACUGGUGCUUGAUGAGUGGGACGUCAAGUCAGCCUUCUUGAAGGUCGAUGCCUACAUGGAGGGUGCAGGGGAGUUGUUUCUGGAAAAUGUCAGAGGAAAUGAGCCAAAGCUUCCGUUUGGCCACAAAACUUGGCGAAGAUUCGUAAUGAUGCUCCGACUGUGGUAUCUCAAGCUCAACAAAGUGGUCAGAGGAUCACUCACGCUUGGAGGGCAUUGUGAUCUCCCACGUGGACGACUUGUUGCUCGGCGGAAAUGUUCGAGCCCAGGACAGCAUGAUUGGCCAUUGGAGCUGGACUUGGUUUUGGUCAGUUGAAUUUGAUGAUUUCUGUCUUCUGUGGAAAGCGAAUUGCGGUCUUUUUUUGCCCACUUGAGGUGGAACGGUAGCGCACAUUUUCGACAAUGCGCGUUCCUAUCGCGUUCCAGAUGAGCGAUCUGGUGCAUGGCAUUUUCCUUUAAGGACCACUUACGGUCGCUUUGAUCUAACCGGUGGUCGGUCCGGAUGGAGGACCUUGGAAACCUGUGUUGACCUCAGCCUGCUUACGACGAAGCAGGAGCUGCUGGCUGUUUGGCGAGUGUGUUCACCUUUCAGUUCAACAAAAAAAACUAUCCGCUGAAAAAUGAUUCCGUGAACUUGAUCCGGAGUGAACUCUCCAUGUUUCCACCGCGGCCAUUACGGCCGCCUGAAGGCGGCCAUCGUUGAAAGCUGCUGCAGCUCGGUCCGUGCCGUUCGAGCUGUGUCAAAAGUUGAACUCGGCAUGUUGUUGUAGGAAUUGACUGAUUAGGGGCACUUCUACCACAUGGGUCUUGUGGGUCUCGCGGCUCUUGCGACUAUGUGUUUGGCUUCUUAUUGCCAAUCCCUUAUUGGGUGGCACUUUCCUUUGCCAGGCAGAGGACAGGCCUAAAAGAGGC